AUGCCAGAGCACAUUGUUCAUCAUAUCAUGUCGUUUCUUCCGACCACAUCUGCAACUCGGGUGAGCGCCUUGUCCAAGAACUUCAACUCUGCAUGGCUCUCCUUCCCAGUAUUUGAUUUUGAUGAAGCUUUAUAUGAAGGGGUUAUUGGUCCUUCCGGCGACCGGACGGAGUUCUUGGAUUUCGUGCUUGCUUCUCUUAAGAAGCGAUGCCCAUCAGAUAUUUAUAUACAAAGAUUCAGUCUUCGUGUUUGGGCCCCUGAAAUAUCAGACAAUCGGAUUCAAAAUUCAAUUCGUUUGGCCGUUGACCGUAAUGUCAACGAGCUGGUUGUUGAAAUUCAAACAUUCCAAAACAACUACUGUCGUUUGCCACGAACAGCUUUACAAAACGCUAGAUUACUUAGCGUGUUGAAGCUCUCAGGAUUCAGUUUUGAGUUUGAGGAUUUGAUUCCAUGCCUCAAUUUGGUUGAGGAUUUGAGCCUCGACAGCUGCAGCGUGUCAGCAAAUUUCAUGCUUUCAAGCGCCAAGCUUAAAGAUUUGAAGCUUGGAUUUUGCAGAGGAUUAGAGAAGAUUGAGAUUGAUGCAUUAAAUCUGCAAUUCUUUUCAUAUUCUGCAUAUCACGAAGAGCAGCACCCUUGUGAAAUCAAUCUUUCCCAUUGCAAGAAUUUGAGGAGCUUGACAUUAGAGGAAUCAACCAUUUCAGAUGAUUGGGUUGAAGAUCAUGUUUCCCAGCUUGUUCUGCUUAGAAAUCUGAAACUGAUUGCCUGCAGAAACCUGCACAAGAUUAAGAUAUCUAAUCGACAGCUUGUGAGCUUUGAGUUGCUUGGAUGUGAGAAACUUUUGAAGGCAAAGAUCGAGGCUCCAAAUCUAAUCUCAUUUGAUUAUUCAGGCAACAUUCCUGACACCACUUCUCCUCCCAAGAUUAUUUUGUUAUGUUGCACUCUGGCUCAUGCAAAGCUGUAUUUGACAACAAGAAAGCUCACAAUCUACUCCUUCUUCAAUUUGAGAAAUUUUCUAACUCGUUUUGGUCAUUGCAAAACGUUGUCGCUUUCGUUGGGGUCUGAUCAGGCAUUGAUUUUCCCUAAGGAGAUGAGAGAGUACUUGGUUCAUCCGCUGCUGGAUCUCAGGCAUAUGAGGGUUGAGUUACAUUCAUUAUCAAGCUUGACAGGGUUGGUGGAUGGCUUGCUUUGGCUUGCACCUAAUUUGGAAACCAUGUUUAUUUCUGUCAAAGCUGCACUAAAAUCCUUGAUGUUGAAUUUGCAGUUCUAUAAGUGGAGUCCUCGUAGUGAAGAUCAUAUGAUAAAAAAAGUGAAAUUUGUCAAAUAUGAAGGCAAUAAUGAUGAGAAAAUGUCCAUGCUGAACUUCUUCCAUGAGAAAGCCAUAAGAGUGGAAGCAAAUUCUGACCACUAA